CUCUACGCCUACCCUAUACUCCUCGUACACUUGGAAUCCCAACAGUAACUACCGACCGAACAGAAAAAGUCACUUUUCGACGAUGCAACUCCUUCCUACCACCCAACACAUUCAACACAACUCGAGAUGCAGGGCUCAGCAUUCAGCAACGUCUGGGGCCGUUUCAGGCGUCCCGCCGAGCUUCUCGCGUUGAUGCUUCUCGGUCAUCAUUGGUAACACCUUGGGCCCUACAUGGGGUCACAGAAUAUGCAAAGCAAACCUGGAGGGAGGGCAGUCUCCGACAGUCUAUAAAAACCCCCUCGAACGACCACCAUCGAGUCGAAAAUAUCACUAUCAAUCAUCAGCUUAAGCACAUCAAGCAACAAUUGCAAUUGCCCUUUCAAAGCAGUCCUCUUUCUUGUCAAUCCUGUUCAAAGCUUCGAGCUGAAAGCACUGUCACAAUGGUCAAGGCCACUACCAUCGCCCUCGCCAUCAUGGCCACCAUCUCCCCCUUCGCCGCGGCCAGCAACUGCCAGACAGGCCUGCAGUACUGCGGCUACAAUCUUCUGAAGCGAGGAAACUACUACGCCCAAAUCGUCAACGCCCUCGAAGCAGCGGGCUACCCGACUGACAGCGCCCACGUCGAGAAUACCUUCUUCCAGUGCCUCGGGGGCAGCAACGGGGACAUCGAAGUCCUCCAGUACUGCUCUGCGUGCCAGGAUGGUGGCAGUAACCACAGUGAUUCCUGCUAGGCCGCUGACUGGCUCUGGUGAUUCCUUAUGAUUUCCAGCCGGAGAGACGUGCGUGGUAGAGGUGUACUGUGUGGCUCUCGGUUUCUCUUGGUUGGAAGACGGAAUGAAGAGGGAGGGAUGAAGUCAAGGCAGAUUGUUAUUCUUGUUGUUUUGUUGUUGUCGCUUUUUGUUGUUUGCUAGUAGUUGUUGCUAUACUCCUGACCCAUUCUGUCCAUGCUUUGUAGCUUGAGGUUGCAAUGGUAACAGGAGCAGAAGGACAGUCCCGAACUCCUACUAGCUUGACUAAGCGCUUUUAUGCCCAUUGAUAU